UUUAGAUAGUAUAUAGGCGGUGGGGCGAGGGUGCGAAACAUAAAAGGUGUGGAGUGAAAAGAAAGAAAAGAAGAGAUGAAGAUGAUCGGAGGCAAUUAGGAAGAAAGAAGAAGCGAAAAUGGAUCUGGCAGCGGAGGAGCUGCAAUUCCUAACGAUCCCAGAGAUCGUGAGGGAAUCGAUCUCAAUCCCGAAGCGUUCACCAAAGACAUUCUACCUCAUAACCCUAACCCUGGUCUUCCCUCUCUCCUUCGCAAUCCUGGCACACACGCUCUUCACGCACCCUCUGAUUUCCCAGCUGCAGUCCCCUUUCAUAGCCCCCUCGCAAGCCUCCCACGAGUGGACCCUCCUCCUCCUCAUCCAAUUCUCGUACCUCAUCUUCCUCUUCGCCUUCUCCCUCCUCUCCACGGCCGCCGUCGUCUUCACCGUCGCCUCCCUCUACACCGCCAAGCCCGUCUCCUUCUCCGCCACGCUCUCCGCCAUCCCCCGCGUCUUCAACCGCCUCUUCCUCACCUUCCUCUGGGUCACGCUCCUCAUGCUCCUCUACAACUCCCUCAUCUUCCUCUCCCUCCUCCUCCUCCUCCUCGCCCUCGACACCAACAACUCCCUCCUCCUCCUCCUCGCCCUCCUCACCCUCCUCUCCCUCUUCCUCCUCGCCCACGUCUACAUCACCGCGCUCUGGCACCUCGCCAGCGUCGUCUCCGUCCUCGAGCCCAUCUACGGCCUCGCCGCCAUGAAGAAGAGCUACCACCUUCUCAAGGGGAGGACCAAGUACGCCGCCGCCCUCGUCGCCGCCUACCUCCUCGUCUGCGCCCUCAUCUCCGCUCUCUUCAGCGUCGUCGUCGUGCACGGUGGGGACUCCUACGGGGUCUUCACCAGGAUUGUCGUUGGCGGCUUCCUCGUGGGGCUUUUGGUCAUUGUCAACCUCGUUGGGUUGUUGGUGCAGAGCGUCUUUUAUUAUGUUUGUAAGAGUUUCCAUCACCAGGGGAUUGAUAAGACUGCGUUGCAUGACCAUCUUGGUGGCUACCUUGGCGAGUACGUCCCGCUCAAGAGCAGCAUUCAGAUGGAGAAUUUGGAUGUAUGACACUUUUCACGUUUCUUUCUAUGCUUUUUUUUUUUUUUUUUUCUUUCUAUGCUCUAUUCUGUAAAACACGGAGACUAAUUAAUCAUAGAUUGCUUUCAUAUCUCAAGUUUAAUCAAUCUAGUCCUUGUUUCAUAGUA